CAUCAAAAUGGCCGACGACAUGUCACAAAUGGAUUAUUAUGCAUUCAGUUUUCUCAGAGACAGUAGAAUAUCUGUAAUAUGGUGAUUUUAGGGAAAAUAUCUUAAGGAACAAUGGCACAGUGCAAACAGUCUGCACCGGAGUUUAUCCAGAACACGUUCAGUCCGCAUGUGGCUGUCUUGUGUAGCAAAGAUGCAGAGGUUUUGUGUCAGAAAAAUAAUUUGACUUUUGCUCAACUUGUUCAGCCUUUUUGUCGCUUAGGCACAGAAGUUCACAUCAAAGACCCCAACAAUGUGUCCCACUCAAUCCACAACCUGCGUAUCAGCACCUGCGACAUGUCUGCCACGCCCCCUCAACAGGCGACCACCAAGAAGAUGCUCGGUGAUGCCGUGGCGGGAUCACAGUUACAGACGGGGGAUGGGGGGAGAGGAGCGGGGAAUAUGAUGUCAGUUGGCAACUAUGACCUGCAACUCCAUGCAUCUACUCCAUGGUUUGAGGCAUACAGGGAAUGUUUCCUCGAUGUGAUUGCCCUGUCGGACCACGAGUACCUGAGUCACUGUGUGGGGUGUAUAUUUGUGGCCUCCUCUGGUCAGAGUGACCCCAUUGCGACCUUCACCAGCUUGACCAAUCAGCAGCUUCAGCAGCAACAACAGUUUCCCAACAAGGUGCCGCGCUGGUUCUGUCCAGGAAUACUCACCUACUACGUCCUCCUGCAUGACGUCAGUGACGGCGAACUGCCCAGGGCGGAAGCUUACUACCAAAGCAUGAAGACAACAUUUGGGUCUCAGUGUUGCCACCUGCUCCAGAUCAACUCUCGCUCCCUCCAGACUGUGGAGAACAUGAAGCCUGAGGCCUCCCUCCCCGACCCCUGGAGUCAGUUCCUGCCCAAACCCCCCGAGGUACAGCCGGUGAAAUCCCACACGCCUCGCUACUUCAUCACCUGGGAGGGUGUUGAGUAUGACGGGCUGCCACUGCAGGAUGACGCCAGCUUCCCUUCCCAUCUGUCGGAGGCAAGACUGACCUCAACAAUCCCUGACCUCGAGAACUCAAUGAUCGAGACCACGCCAGAUGUUAUUUCUGACAAGAUCUCCUCAGUUCAUUCCUCUAGUCUUACAGAUUUGAACGAAACCAACACCAGCAAUAACGAGUUGUUGAUGGAUCACCCACUAGCAUUCCACUCCACGGAGACCCAAGCCCAGGUAGAAGAAUCCAGUAUAGCCCAUGACGGGGAUGCCACAGCGGCUGCCAACGGUUACCAGGACGGGAAGAGCGCUGGUUCGGCGGCAGGGCAGGAGAAGAGCAAGCUGCGUGUCCACGGCGUCUGUCUCACAACCAGCGACAUGGACCGCCUUCGUAUCUUCAUGCACGAGUUUGUGGUGCGAUCCCUCAUACCCUGGGCAGAGAAACAGAUGAGGAUGCUGAAUGAGCAGCUGACAUCAAGGAAGGGAAUCCACAGAUCCAUCUUUAGUGCCACCAAGAAGUGGUUUGGUACCAACAAACCAUCCGGACCCGUACAGGCUUCCCAGAAUACAUCUGUAGUGUACACGUCUGAAGCGCCUGAACUUCAACUCCGCCGACUUGCAGACUUGGCUUUCCUCUUCCAAAUGUACGACUAUGCCUACCACACCUACCACACUGCCAAGAGAGACUUCAACAAUGACCAUGCAUGGCUGCAUUUUGCGGGGGCCUUGGAAAUGGCCAGCCUGUCUAUCUUCAUGCUUGGGAGUCAGAGCCAGAGACAGUACCCACACCACUACAUGGAGUCGGCCAUCACCACCUACCUGACCACAUGCAGGAACUUCCAGUAUGCUAUCCGGGCCACUCUAGUCAGCACGGAGGCACUCAAGUGUCGGGGAAUGUAUGGGGAGGCUGCCAUGCAGUUCCUCAAGAUGACCAAUGAGGUGGGGGAUUCCGACCUGUCCAGUGCCCUCUUCCUGGAGCAGGGAGCUCACUGUUUCAUCAAUAUGAAGACGCCGAUGGUGCGGAAAUAUGCGUUUCAUAUGAUACUGGCGGGACAUAGAUUUAACAAGGCGGGACAGCGCAAGCACUCAUUGAGGGCCUACUCGCAAGCAUUACAGGUCUUCAAGAGCAAGUACUGGUCCCUUGCAGAGGAUCACAUCCACUUUACUAUCGGGCGUCAGUCAUUCAACCUCAAACAGCUGGAGAAUGCUUCCUCCGCGUUCAAGCACCUGCUGAUGGCGGAGAGCAAACAACCAGCAUCCCAGCAGGGAGCCUUUCUCAGAGAGUACCUGUUUGUAUAUAAGCAACUGCUGACUCAGGAGGCCGGGGAGAACUGCUCGUACGGCCGCCUGCCGGAGCUGCCCCUGCCCAACAUCAACAGCAACACCACCAAGGUCCUGCUCGGGAAACAACAGCCGCAGAUUCCAGAGAACCCACGGAAGACACCAGCAACAGGGGUGUGGUUCGAUCACGAUGAGAGUCGAAACAUGAGCUGGCAGAAGCUGGAAGAGAGGCUUGUCAUUUCAGCCAAUGGUGGAUCCCUGCCUAACACCUUCCGAUCUACACUACAAUGCUUUACUAACAAUACAGAGAACAGGGCCAGCCCUAUAGCUUUUGUAGGAGAGCACAUCGUGGUGGAGGUGCAGGUAGAAGACCCCCUGCAGGUGACUCUGGUGCUGUCUGACGUCAUGCUGCUGUGGAGCUUCCUGCCCAGUAUAGCUGGUGCUGACAAGCCACAACUCAUCUCCAACGAGGUGUCCACAGGGGUCAAGAACAACCUGGCAGAUGAGAUUAUCCAGACAACGGUCAUCAAGGAGGUGGUGCUUGAAGGAGGGCAGACGGCUCCGAUCCGCUUGACCCUGGUGCCGAGACAGCCAGGUGAGCUACGGGUGGUGGGCCUGGCCUACAACCUGGGCACCACCAGCUCCCAGUCCCAGAGCUCCUCCCCCCUCCCCGGGGACAUGCCCUCCUCCACCGCCUCCCCCUCUAUCCUGGGCUCGCAGAAACCCACCUUCAUCAGCAGCGUGUAUGUGCGUGGCAAGCAGAAGCUGGAAGUGCAGGGGCCGCGGCUCAACGCCAGCAAGGAUGACAAGACCAGCAAGUUGUAUGGGCCAGACAGGAGGCUGGAUCUCACGGUCCACGAGGAGAUGCCGAUAUUGGAGGUGAGCUUCUGUGACUUCCCCGACUCCCUCCUGUGUGGGGAGGUCCACUGUAUUGAGAUGGAAGUACGGAACACCGGUCGCAGCCCCCUACAUCAGCUCAAGGUGACGUCCACACACCCCGACUUCUUCACGUUCGGCUGUAGUCAGGACCUCCCUAAAUACCCCUACGUGUACCAGACCAGGUCCGUGGACAGUGACAUCAGCAACCCCAUAGACUCGUGCAGUGUGCGCUCAGUGCCUGAUGUUAUAGACAUUCCUAUUGAAGGUAACAUCCUUCGUCCCGGGGACACCAGGUCGCUGCCCAUGUGGCUGCGGGGGAACGACAUCGGAGGGGUACACGAAGUGGACUUCCUGUUUUACUAUGAACCACUUAACACACAAGCCAAAGAUAAAGAUUCUGUGAGACAUCGAGUACUGCGACACCGAGCGGUGGUCAACACAGUGGAGUCGUUGAGUGUGAGGGCCAUGGUGACCAAGCCCAGUGCGUGUGUGUCCGGCAGUGACCGGCAGGAACUCAAGUCUUGCAUCAUCUCGUGCGAGCUGGAGAACCUCAGUCAGGUGCAGGUCCAGCGGCCCCACAUCCAGGAGGUGCAGGUGACCCAGGUGUCAUGUGCCAGUCAGGACUGGGUGGUCAACUCUCUCAGCAUCAGCGACCAGAAGGACGUCCGCAUCGGCAGUCGACACAUCCUGCAGCUGGCACUCAAGGGGACCAAGUGCGAGACAGAUGGAAAUCUGAUGUUCAGUGAGGUAUUCUUCGACAUGCAAAAGCAGAUUAACAGUGUCCAGACUCCCUGCUGUGACUUCUACUUCCGGAGUCCAGCGUGUCGCCAGAUCAGCUCCGCCACCGGUGACGCCACCCUGCUCCCCAUCCCCUCCUACCGCUCAGCGCCCACCCAGCCCGACUUCUCCAGUGUCAACAAGGCUAGGGAGGUGAAGCUGACCCUCAUCAUACUCUGGAAGGCAUUUGUUGCCCAGGAGAAUGGUCAGCUGAAGAUCCUUGUCGGACAGCAUCAUGUGUGCAUCGAGAGAGUGGACACGGUGGUCACAGCAUAUCCUCUAGUCCAGUCCAACCAAGACCAACCCCCACUCAAGUUUAUCCGUGAUGUGGAGCCGGAGACGGAGCCCCAGCCGAGUCCUGAGGUGACGACGAAGCUUGUCAGCUACUCCUUCCUCCACCAGCUGGACUCCACACACGACUUCAACAAGGGGUUGUGCAUUGUCCCUGUGACCCUGAAACUACAGAACCACACCAACACCUCUGUGGAUAUAUUGGUGGACACCAGCAAGUCUUCAGACAGGUUUGGAACAGCCUCCAGCCCAUCCCCGCCUCAGUUCUCCCCCGGUUCCCCCACUCCCCCAGUGAUGAGCUGCAGCUUUAGCUGGGUCGGCCCAACCCUGGCUAACCUCACCCUUGCCCCCGGGGCCGACCAGCAAUUACAACUGAAGGCUGCGUUCUGCCGCCCAGGGGUCUACAACUGCAACAACCUGGCUGUGUUUGUGACCUACGCUGAUGCAGACCCCUCAGAGAUGAUACUACAGAAGCACUCAACACCUAGCAUCAUCACACUCUCGGCUUGACCAUGUUGGACAUAUCAGCUUUGUCCAUUUGUCUACAUCAUGGCAUAACAGGAACUCAUUAAUUCCAUGGAAUUGGCAAUCAGUCAUCCUAACAGGGCUUUGGAUACAGAUCCAAAAGAAGAAAUGUGUUUUAUUGUUUUUAUUUGGGCAAUGGACAUUUAAUGUUCAAGUGUCUUAUAAAGAGUAUGGAAGAAUUCCUGUUUUGAAUAAUACCUUUUGAGUGGAUUGAGUGCAACCUUAUAACUCUUGGACAUGUGUUAGAAAUGCUUCAUGUGCUUGACUUGGGUGGUGCAAGCUUUGCCCUGACCAGUUGCAUGAGAUGGAGAUCUUUGUCUGCGUGCUUUGUAAGAUAGAACAUGUCUUUCACAGUUUAACCCAAAGUUGGUGUCUUGAGCUGACAAGAACUGGAUUAGCAGAAGUAAGUACUUUGAUAUUGUAAGAAGGGACCACUGGAUCAAGGCAGGACGUCAACGUGACGGUAGAGUUCAGCCUAUUGGAAGUUCCAUGAAGGGGACACAAGACAUCGGAAGCUGAAGAAUGUCCUGCCAGUGAUGAUUAGCAGAGGAGUUGAGUUCACAAGACAACAGAAGGUUUGGUUCAUUCAACAAUGAUGGGUGAUAUUGUGACUAGGUGUUCACAUAAGUGACUCAAUUUGGAAAUGGUUCUGAUAAGGAUCUUUCUUGUAACACUACAUUGGACAAUCAGCUUGGGUUAUGUUUGAUGUCUUCAUACAAGAUCCAAGGACACCCAAGGACAACCGAGGACAACCAAGGACAACCAAGGACACAUGAUGAAAUAAUGGCCUGAAAUGGAGUGCUUGUGAAUUGUCUGCUAAUGAAUUAUUCUGAUGAUCAAUUCUUGUGGAGCUCAACAAUAUAGAGGAACAGUCUUUACUUUUGUGAUUAUCAGAGGGUGCAUUGUGCAAAGCAACGCUUUUUGAACAUGAUGAAGCACUGCUAAUAUUGGUGACCAGUGUGAUGAAGGCUUGGAAGUAUUGUUUCUUGCAAAGGUUGGAAUUUUGGAAUAUUCCACAGUUUCUAUGUUGUUUUUUGUACAGUUCCAGAUGUGUCAUGGAUGAAUAAUAACCAUGAGAGGCUUCCUACAGUUGCACAUGCUUCAUGCUUAGUGUUCUCACAAGAAACUUGCCCUUGUCUGUUGGACAUGUGUCAAAGAAAAAUCCACGAGAGUCCCCAGAAACAGUUGAAGCCACCGCUCAGACAGCCUCCAUCUUACUUUAUGUUGUGACAAGCGUCUGUCAGGAUCUGUGGUUUCAAAGGAUCAUCUGACAAUGAGCAAAUGAGGAACAGUUGAAGCCACCACACAGACAGCCUCCAUCUUGCUUUAUGUCAUGACAAGCACCUGUCUGUCAGGAUCUGUGGUUUCAAAGGAUCAUCUGACAAUGAGCAAAUGAGGAACAGUUGAAGCCACCACACAGACAGCCUCCAUCUUGCUUUAUGUCAUGACAAGCACCUGUCUGUCAGGAUCUGUGGUUUCAAAGGAUCAUCUGACAAUGAGCAAAUGAGGAACCAUUGGAGCCACCGCUCAGACAGCCUCCAUCUUGCUUUAUGUUGUGACAAGCGUCUGUCAGGAUCUGUGGUUUCAAAGGAUCAUCUGACAAUGAGCAAAUGAGGAACAGUUGAAGCCACCACACAGACAGCCUCCAUCUUGCUUUAUGUCAUGACAAGCACCUGUCUGUCAGGAUCUGUGGUUUCAAAGGAUCAUCUGACAAUGAGCAAAUGAGGAACAUUGAAGCCACCACACAUCACAUCUAGUCCUCAUCUUGUUUUUGUGUAAUGACAAGCACCUGUUAUCAUCGGUUGGUUCAUGAUGUCCUCUGCCUUUGAUCAUGAAACUAAACAGUAGUAGUUAUACAGACAUGUUUUGGCCAACCAGCGAGUGUGUCGAUGGUACAACAUAUAGCUUUACAUGUGAUUCAACUUCUGUGAUCAGAUUCAGCAUCUCUGUCAACUUUCAUAUUGACUCUUUGUAGCACCUUAGACUGGACAGCAGAUGUGUGUGUGUUGUUAGGUUUCAUACAUUUGAUAUUGAUAAUCCUGUACCAUAUCCUUGAUUGAGUCUUCUGUGAUGUUCAUAAAUCCUAUGUAAAAACUCUCACUAACUCACGCACGGACACGCUUUCUUACCUUCAGUACUUGAACUUGUGAAUCAGCUAACACUGAUAUAUAAUCAUAAAUUUGUAUAGGGGUUGAUCCAGGAUUUUGUAAAAAGGGGUAUGCACACUAUAUAUAAAUCACACCGUGAACAAACACAUGCUAUGUUGGCAAGUCAGGUGUUGGACAAAAGGGGAUGGAUGGUGUGGGUGGGGUUCUGGGUCUGCCAGUUAACAGUGUUUGAAAUCCAUCACAGUAUCCAGCCAGUCCCUUAGGUCAUUUAAGCAAAAAAAUGAAAAAAUCAGAAAGGUUACCAAGAUUACUUGCCCUUGGGAAGAGUUUCAAUAAUGUGACUGGCUGUGUGACUCUAUUCCAGCACUGCCAAGAUGAAGAUGUACAUGUGCAUGUAUCCUUUGUUGCUGGUACAGAAUUGUAUGUAUCGUCCAGUGUGGUACACAUAAUUUAUUACACAAUCCUUUAUAGUGAGACACAUCCAUGUUGAAUCUUCUAUGAUACAUUUUCAUAACUGAGCCUUUAAUGUUGUUGUACCCACAUUUUGUACCCACUGUUGGUCCUGUUCAUACUUCACCUUGCUUCUCCGUAGGAUACAUAGAGUUAGGUUUCUUUCACGAUUGUUUCCUUCAUUGUGACACUAAGUCCUGAUCUUGUAUUCUAAAUAGUUGAUACACAACCUUGGACUAAAGAGGGUGCAUUCUCUCCACUUGAGAUACACUUCUAGAAAUUGGUACGUACUAUAAAUUGUAAAAUUAUUGUGAGUGCCGACCGCGAUUGAAAGAUUUAAGUUGCCCUUCCUUUGAAAUAUGAACCAACAUCUCUUUGAUGUUGAAAGUUAUUACUUCAAGAAAGGGAUGCUCUCAUAUUUUGCAUCAGGUCCAUGCAGCGUGUAGUUUACAGUAUUCAUGAAUGUGUUGUCAUGCUACAUUGUUGAUACACAUUUAGAACAUGGCUCCUUUCUUCAUGAAUCACUUCAUGUGAGUGUCGACAUUAAGCAUGUUACCAUGGUUACCAUGUCUAUUAUGUUUACUUUGUCCUUGAUUAGUAGCUCUUGCUGUUUUUGAUCAUAUUACGAAGUAUCCUCACUUUAACUUCUAUGAGAGGCGGUUAGAAGUUGGAGUACUAAGUAAGGAAAAGAUACAUCGAUGAACAAUUUGUUAUAAAGAAGUUGUUCAUCCGUAUAUCUUAUCCUUACUUAUUCUUUGCAUAUUGCAUCAAAGUAAUUUCAUUUAAGUAAUUGUCAUCGGUCAAUUUCAAGUUGAUCUGUUUUUACAGGGAUUGUAAGAAGGUUUUUGUAACUUUUGUGAAAAUUGUAUCAAAAUGUAGCUUCAUUUAUUACGUACUUAUGAUUUAUGAUCAGCCCAGCAGUGUUGUGUGCAUCAGGUGUAUUGAUGUAUGGAUGAUGCAGUUAUUGUGGGGCAACUGUCAGCAUCACAGGUAGCAAGCAAGACAGCUAAAUAUGUAAACAGUUCAUGCGGAUCAACAUGCGAAAGGGGAGUAUUCAUGUGUGUUAUUUGUUUGAAAAUCAUAUUAGCUGAUGAAGAUGAUACCAUGGUAGCAUGCAAAUCAAGAUGAUUGAAGGGUGAAAUUGUAUCUUGGUUGUCGGAGUGGACAGGGAUCGAGGGCUAGGAUGUUGAUAUGUUGUUACCAUGGUUAUAGUCAAUUGUAGUUCUUAUCACAAGGCGGGUUAUGACGCUCCAGGAAAGCGAAUACAAUUUAACUUAUCUCAAAGUCAUAUUUUGAUUUAAGUAAUUUUAUUGAUCCAAAGGUGGCACUGGUGUCCCAGUCAUCUAAGGCGCCUCAAUUUGCUAUGCAGUGUUGCGUCCCUUGGGCACGCAAGAAACCUAUGAUUGUGGGUUCAAAUCCCCAUUUGCCCCGAUUAUGUUUCUUGGUUUGUCAGCACCAUACUCGUGCUCGUGGCUUUCAUCAAAGUGGUAAACGUCUGAGAACUGUGCAUCAUUUGGGGCUUACCCCACUCAUUUAGCUGACACACCGUGAUAUGACUGGAAUACUGUUAAAAACUGCGUUAAACCCAACUCACUCACUCACUAUUGAUCCAAGACUCUUCGAGGGGAUGAUAAGUCCUAAAUGUUAUAAAAAUAACUACAAGUUACCUUUUCCUAAUGAGAUGAUUAGGAAAUAGAGUUUAGUUUAGCUGAU